CAAGCCGAGUGUUUGUUUCAAAAAGGGUUAUAGUUUGAAGAAUCUGAAAAGCAGGCUAGAUAAUCAUGUCGUUAGUACUUUUAUUAAAGUAAGCCGAGUCAGUUGGACUCUCAAAAAACACAAAAAAUUCAAAACGUAAAAAUUACAUAAAAACUUAAAAAAUUUAUAUCCCCCGUUGAGUGUUCAAAAAAAUAAAAAUGAAGGUGUACGAUGAGGUGGUUUUUAUGGACCAGCUUUUGCACUACCGCUGCGUGGCCAGUCAGAUCGAGGAGACUCGACAAACAUGGCAGAAGCGGAGCUCAUGGUUCCCGGCCGCCCAACGGGAGCACUACUCCCGGUAUGCAGAAAUCUAUAACGAGAGCAUAGAGCAGUACGGGGCUGAUCGGUUCAAGUUUUACUCAAAAAGAAAUCGAUUGAACGGCCAAUUCAAGGCAUCCAAAAUAGGCAAGGAAGAUUCGGAAGUCAAGGAUCGGUUGAUACCCAUGGAUCACCUGAAGGGCUACAGGGUUCCGCUUACCACUAACGCUACGUAUGGUCGCGUCAAGCCAUCGGCCCUCUUCUAUUGCUUCGCAAAACAAGUUUCGAUUUAGAAUUUUAGUUUGUUGGGGAAUAAGCCAAAGACAAAUAAAUCUUCUUCGUUAAGUGUCCAAAUCCA